AUGACCGAGUUUGAUAAAACGAAGUUUGAGUAAGUUGUUUUCUAUUAGAAGGAUGAAGAUUGUGGCUGUUCUUUUGAUGCUUGUUUGUUUACUAUAUUAAUAUAAUUCCUUUAGAAAAUUGGUGAAACUCCCUGUUCUGCGAGUGCCAGCCAAAAAGAUCGGCCGAGUUCUUGGUCUAAAACAAUUGCAACCGAAUUUUAUCAAGUCCGGAUUGAAUUUCAAAGUAAGAUUUCAUUUUUUAAAUUAUUUCUUGGUUUUCGAGGGUAAUCAAUGGAGAUAACGGGUUCGACAAGCUGUGCCUGCUUGAUCCAGAGAAGAUGAACGACGAACAACAAAGGAUCGUCGAGGAAGCCGUUAGCCAAGUUCUUUCAGAGGGUGUUAAAUUGGAAUACAAAGAGUUUUUGAUGAAGUACGAGGAUUGGGAUGUAAAACGAUGUCUAAAGGCAAUAUUGCCUGAAGGAUUAGACUUUAGCUCGCAUACACAAACCGGACAUAUACUGCAUUUGAAUUUGCGCGAGGAAAUUUUACCUUAUAAGCAUACAAUUGCCAGAAUUCUGAUAGAUAAGAUACCUUAUGCCAAGUAAGUCGGGAUUUUGAUGUUUCAAGGUUAUUCUAAGGCUUCAUGGCCAUUUGAAAUUACUUUUGCAUACUUUGGCAUCUUAUUGAUCUAAUAUUUUUAGGACAAUAGUGAACAAAACGGACAAGAUCAGCGCGGAGUUUAGGUUUUUCGAACUUGAACUGCUAGCCGGAGAGCCGAACUUUGAAGCUACCGUAACUGAACAUUCUUAUAAAUACAAACUCGACUUUAGCAAGGUAAGAAGCUUUAUAUUUUGUCUGUAUUUUUAGGUGUUCUGGAAUUCCCGGCUUCUCAACGAACACAACCGAAUUGUCACCGAAAUAAGAAAUUCCAAAGAACAGACGGUCCUGUUUGACGUCUUUGCCGGUGUGGGACCUUUCGCAAUACCUGCCGCGUUCUCCAAAAACACUCAAAAAGUAUAUGCCAAUGAUCUGAAUCCUGUGUCGAUUCAAUAUCUCAACGAAAACAUCAAAAUUAACAAAGUUCCCGCGGAGAAAAUUGAGGUCUUCAAUUUGGAUGGAGCCGAAUUUAUAAAGAAUGUGAUUCCAACUGGGGUGAAGGAGGAGCUGGAAAGGAGCAAAACGGAUGGAAAUGACGAUAAGAGGUUGGAAUUCCAUGCGGUUAUGAAUUUGCCGGCAAUGGCCAUCACUUUUUUGCCAAAUUUUAUUGGAGUGUUGAAGGGUUUGGAUGAAAAAAGGUGAGAAAUUAGGAUUUUUAGGGGAGGUUUGAAUUGAAAAUGAAGAUUUGGAAUUCGUUUGGUCGUUGGGAAAUAAAAUGUAGCAAGAAAAAUUGUUUUGUAUUCAUUUAUACAGCUAUUUUUAAAAAUGAAAUUUUAUGGUCAAAAAAUAUUUUUUUAUUUUUUUUUGAACUGAUGAAGAUAUUUAUGACCGUUUUAUGCUAUUUUGGCAGCAUUCCUAUUGAUUGUAUUGGGGAUAUUGACCUUGUUUUAGCCUUAUAUUAUUUUAAGUGGUCGAAAAAACUUUUUGUAAAAAAUUGUUUUAGAUCAAUUCUGAUGGUCAUAUGAUAACUAAAAAUGUCUUAUUUUAGCUUCUCCACAUUUAAUUUCUACUGCCACGUCCACUGUUUUGCCAAAGCCACCGAAGAUCAGCCUCCAGAAUGGUUCAAACAAAAGGCUAUUCAGAUGGUACACGAGCAACUCCCAGCUGAUGAAAUUGAGAUUUUGAACUCUCAUUUUGUCCGCAACGUGGCUGGAAGAAAGGAUAUGUACUGUGUGUCGAUGAAGUUGAGCAACGGACUCUUGAGGAGAUCUGAUGUUCAAGGAGAAUAUGAGGUGGAAGCUAAGAAAAUAAAACUUGCAGAGGGGUAAAAUACGAUGAAGGAAGUGUUUAUUUGGAAGUUUUUGUUGUUGAUUUUAGAUCUUUUGUUAAUUGUUUUGGAUAUUGUUCUUCAUAUUUGUUCAUGGUUAAUAUAAAUUUUGUUAUAUUGAAGCGAGUUUUGAAGCGAUUUUGAUGAAAUUUGUUGCAAAACAAAGAAUACUGAAUGAAAAUUAGUUUUUUAACGGUUGUUAGGAAGUAAGAUUAUUUUAGCUUAUGUUUUUGAACCUGCUCAGGAUACGAUCUCAAAUUCCGACGACUUCAACAGCAUGUUUCCACAGCACUCCGAGGCCAUCAAGGAUAAGGCCGCAUCGGAUAGAGCCGACUAGAAUGGCACAUGGCAACAGCGAGAACAUAAUCAAAGACUUUUGGGGCCGAAAGAAAGACGAAGGUGUCACGGACUGGUUUUGGGAAGCCAUUCAAAUUCGAAGACAACUAGCAAAGUAUACAGUUAAUAGGUACGCGAUUUAAUGGGCAUUUUUAAAUAUUUAAUCAAAAAAAUUUUUUUUUAAAUUUAAUUUUACGAUUUUUAGGUACUCAUUUGAGCGAGUAGCAGCGUUUGGGCCCGAUUUAGCUUGCCUGGAAUGGCUGAUGAACUGCGGAGCGACGUCUGUGAGAAUGAGCGAUGGAACCGAAAUUACUAGUCAAAAACAGAUGAAAGAGUUCCUAAAAUCUUAUGGGUUCGAUAGAAAAAAAUUGGUAGGUGAAGUGGGAAAUUUGAGGAAAAUUUUAUUUUUGGAUUCGAAAAUUUCAAGAAAAAAUUGAUGUUUUUUGAACGUUUUUUGAGCGAAAAUGGCACUUAAAAAAUCUCCAAAUUACUCUUGACAAAAUGGAAGGAGUUUUCUAAUCUCUGUGAUACUUUUUGAUACCAAAUUUCAUUGCGUUUUGAUACUUUUACCGAGUUUUUUUAUUUUUCAUUAUUUUUUUUUUUUUUGAUUUAUUGGCAAUUUGAAUUCCCCAAUUUACGUUUCGGCCUUUUAGACACCCCUAUCUCCCGAUCUGAAGCCCACUCCAAUCGAUGAAUUGAAUUUGUUAUCCAGAAAUCCCUAUUAUUUGGCCCGAUGGAGCAAAGCGCCCCCAGUUUUUAUUGAUGUAAUCGACGCCACCGACUCAGCAAUUGUGGAUCCGGGAUUCCAAUAUCUUCUUGAGCUAAGACAAGUUAAGAAAAUGGUCCUCAAUUUCUGCGACUACUUCUACAACGACGCCAUCAGAAUCAUGUGCGCGGGAAGGCUGAGAGCGACCCUCCAGGAAAUUGAAAUAUGUUUUAAUGGACAUAUCAAUGAAAUUGCCUUCCAACAAAUGACUCAUCUUCACUGUAAGGGAUAUAGAUUUUUUUGUGUGUUGUUUUGGAUUCCAUUUAUGGGGAAAGAGUGUUUUUUGCAAUUUUUGAAUUUCUUGGGAUAUUGUAGUAGACGUGUUUGGAUAGGUUUUUUUGUGUUGCAUUUAUGAUUUUUACUGGUUGUGAAACUAAAUAUUAGGAUGAUAUCAGUCUGUCGGGAAAAUAACGGCGGAUCGUCGCAUCAAAAUGUCUCGCCUCACCACUAUCGCGCGCCAAAUCUCCAGCUUCGGCAGCCGUCGCAAAGCGAUGAUGGGCGAUUCCGAGGCGGGACGAUCCUCCGUUAUUUUCCCGACAGACUGAUAAUAAGGGACCGUUGUAAUUUUAAAGUGAAAAUGGUAUUUUUUCGGCGUUUUCCGAUUUCCAGGGUAAUUUUGUUGGGACCCGGAUUUUUUUUUAAUUUCUUCUGAUUUCUCGGUUUUAUCGAUUUUUUCAAGUAAUAAAAGUGGAUGUAGUAGAGGCUAUGUGAAACUUUUUAUUCGUCUAAAAUUUUCAAUUUUGUUAGCCUAUACUGGACGUUUGGCCAAGAUUUAAUUCUUUGGGGCUAAGGUAGUACAGCCCCCCAGUCCAGUUUAGCCCCCCAUGACCCAGUACAAACCCCCUCGUCCAUUCUAAAUCCCAAAAUUUAUUUCAAAGAAUUAAUCCAAGUUGUAUGGUCCAGCACAAGCCCCCUACGUUUUAGAUCAAACCCCCAACGUAGUAGAUCAAACCCCCACUUACAUUUUUUGUAUUAUUCUAAUUUGUUUAUUAUGUGGGGUGUGAAACGGGCAAAACAGUGAGGGUUUGAACUACCUUUCGUGGGGGGCUCAACUACCGAAGCCCCAAUUCUUUGAAUGAAUUUCUUCGCAAAUUAAUCUUUUUUAUGUUUCUGUAGGCCCCCAAUGAUUUUUUGCAAAGUAUUUUCUCUGUUGACUCAAUUUUUGUUACUGUAAUUUUGUAAAAUUUUAAUUUUUAGCCCUCCGACGCGCCCAUUUCUACAUGAAUCCCUGGGUCCGCAGCGAGCAAAGAAUCCGCGCCAUGUUCCGGGAAAGCCUGCCAAAAAUCCAAAUCACAUAUCCGGAAAUGCACACAGUUGGUUUCGGAAAGAAUGAAGUGGAUCUUACUCGAGACGAGAAGAGGAAAUAUUAG